CCGCGUGCCUCUCACACUAACCGCGAUAGUAAUGCUAUAAAACCGUAAACGUAACCGAAUCCCAUAGCAUUCAUUCAUUUCGAAAAUCAAAAUCAAAUUCAGAGUUCAAAUGGGUACCUCUCAGAGCCGCGAGGGUCUCGAAGUCACUGACUCUGACUCUGAUGAUUACGAACACGAAGAAGAUAAAGAAAAAGAAGAAGAAGACGAAGAUCAUGAGCAAUACAAAGACUCUCAAGCUUCCUCUGUAUCCCAAUCUACCCAGCUCGAUGAAGUAGACGCAAGGCUCAAAGCUUUGAAACUCAAAUACCAAUCACCUUCUUCACAAACCCCUCUUCCCAAAAACGCCGUCAAGCUUUACCUUCACAUCGGCGGCAACACUCCCAAUGCCAAGUGGAUCCUCUCCGACAAGCGUACUUCCUACGCCUUCGUCAAAUCCAACGAAGACGAAGAUGAAAACGAUGAAGACGAGGGUGGUGAGUGGGUUCUCAAAGUCGGUUCCAAGGUUCGCGCUAGGGUUUCCUCCGAAAUGCAAUUGAAAAUGUUCGGCGAUCAACGCCGUGUGGAUUUCGUCUCCAACGGCGUCUGGGCCUUGAAAUUCCCCACCGACGAAUCCUACCGGAAAUUCGUUACCGAAUUCCAGAAUUGCAUGUUCGAGAACGUGUACGGGCUUGAAUCCACCGAAGAGAACAAGGUGAAGGUUUACGGGAAGGAGUUUAUCGGGUGGGUUAAACCGGAAGCCGCCGACGAUUCGGUCUGGGAGGAUGCUGACGAUGGGCUCGGGAAGAGUCCCGAACCGGCUCCGGUUCGGCCGAGAGAGGAUUUAAUUGAAGAGUUCGAAGAGGCCGCGAACGGCGGAGGGGUUCAGACGUUAACGCUGGGCGCUCUCGACAACAGUUUCUUGCUUAACGACACCGGCGUUCACGUUUACCGGAAUUUCAACCGUGGGAUUCACGGCAAGGGCGUUGCCGUGAAAUUUAACGGUGGGAAUUCGAGACAAGAGACACCGAACAAGGCGUUGUUGAUGAGAGCAGAGACUAACAUGAUGCUCAUGAGUCCCUUAACAGAUGGGAAGCCCAACGCUUCGAAGCUUCACCAGCUUGAUAUUGAGACGGGGAAGAUUGUAACGGAAUGGAAGUUUGAGAAGGAUGGUGCUGAUAUCACGAUGAGGGAUAUCACUAAUGAUACAAAGGGUUCACAAUUGGAUCCCUCGGAAUCAACCUUUUUGGGGUUGGAUGAUAAUAGGCUAUGUCAAUGGGACAUGCGUGAUAGGAAAGGGAUUGUUCAGAACAUUGCCACGGCUAGUUCGCCUGUGUUGCAUUGGAACCAGGGGCAUCAGUUCUCGAGAGGGACUAACUUUCAGUGCUUUGCAACAACUGGAGAUGGGUCCAUUGUUGUGGGGUCAUUGGAUGGGAAGAUAAGGUUGUAUUCGAAGACUUCGAUGAGGCAAGCUAAGACUGCUUUCCCAGGGCUUGGUUCGCCAAUUACCAGUGUUGAUGUUACUUUUGAUGGCAAGUGGGUGCUGGGCACCACUGACACUUAUUUGGUACUGAUUUGUACCUUGUUCACUGAUAAAGAUGGGAGAACCAAGACUGGGUUUAGUGGUCGUAUGGGAAACAGGAUUGGUGCUCCCAGACUCUUGAAGCUGACUCCUCUGGAUUCGCAUUUAGCUGGCGCUGGCAAUAAGUUUCAUGGUGGCCAUUUCUCAUGGGUCACUGAGAAUGGUAAACAGGAACGCCACCUUGUUGCAACUGUGGGCAAGUUUAGUGUGAUAUGGGAUUUUCAGCAGGUGAAGAACAGUGCUCAUGAAUGUUACAGGAAUCAACAAGGGCUGAAGAGCUGUUACUGUUAUAAGAUAUUAUUAAAGGAUGAGUCAAUUGUAGAAUCACGAUUUAUGCAUGACAAGUUUGCUGUUAGUGACUCCCCAGAAGCUCCGUUGGUGGUGGCAACUCCUAUGAAAGUCAGCUCUAUCAGCCUGUCUGGAAAGCGACAUGGUUAAACCUUUGUUUACGUUUUUUUGUUUUAGGGUUUCAAAUUUCUGGUGUUAAGAGUGCCUUUGAACAACUUAUUGAAUUGUAUUCAAGUUGAUGCUGUUUAUUCUUGUGUACAGUUAAGUUUUAGGUUUCCCUGUAUCUAUUUUCACUCUUAUACUGUGUUCAUUUUUGUGAUUACAAGUCUGGGUUUGCAAACAGUGAACUGUCCUUUUUUUUGUUUUUUCCCUCCAAAUAAAGAAAGAUUAA